ACCGCACAGAGUACAGCUGUAUCGCUAUAUGUGUCAUACUGUGCUAUACUGUGGGGCGGGCGGCUCCUCCUGCUUCCUGUGCCGUGCAGUGUUGUGUGUGAGCGCUCUGUUCGGCCCCCGUGUGGUGUUUCAUGUCCUCGUCUCCUCACCUCGCCCCUCUGCUCGGGGUUUCCCCGGGUCCUCUCCUCCUCCACCGAGACCCUCCGCCCCGAGCAUGGAGCCCCCGGGACAAAUGCAGCUACCUGGGCCUUUCCCACGGCAACCUGCGCGUCCAUUACAAAGGACAUGGAAAAACCUCAAAGGAUGCGGCUUCAGUACGUGCUACUCACCCUAUUCCAGCAGCCUGUGGUAUAUAUUACUUUGAAGUGAAAAUUAUUAGUAAAGGAAGAGAUGGUUAUAUGGGGAUUGGUCUUUCUACUCAAGGUGUGAAUCUUAAUAGACUCCCAGGUUGGGAUAAGCAUUCCUAUGGUUACCAUGGAGAUGAUGGACAUUCGUUCUGCUCCUCUGGAACUGGCCAACCAUAUGGUCCCACUUUCACAACUGGGGAUGUCAUUGGCUGCUGCGUCAAUCUGAUUGACAACACUUGCUUCUACACCAAGAAUGGACAUAGCUUAGGUAUUGCAUUUACAGAUCUUCCGCCAAAUUUAUAUCCAACAGUAGGACUUCAGACACCAGGAGAAGUAGUUGAUGCAAAUUUUGGACAGACUCCAUUUGUGUUUGACAUAGACGAUUACAUUCGAGAAUGGAGAACAAAAAUUCAAGCACAGAUUGAAAGGUUUCCUGUAGGAGGAGAGUGGCAAUCCAUAAUACAAAGGAUGGUGUCGUCAUACCUUGUACACCAUGGAUACUGCUCUACAGCUGAGGUAUUUGCCAAGUCCACAGAUCAGACUGUGCAAGAAGAGCUUACAUCAAUUAAAAAUAGACAAAGAAUUCAGAAACUAGUGCUGGCUGGAAGAAUGGGUGAAGCCAUUGAAACAACACAGCAGUUAUAUCCAAGUUUGCUAGAAAGAAAUCCUAAUCUUUUCUUCACAUUAAAAGUACGACAGUUCAUAGAAAUGGUAAAUGGUACAGACAGUGAGGUAAGAUGCCUAGGGGGGCGUAGUCCUAAGUCUCAGGACAGUUACCCAGGUCCUGAUAGUAAUUGCAGUAAUCGAGUCAUCUCAAACAAAACUCACCAUUCCCACUGUCGAAGCAAGUAUCAGCCUACUAGCCUUAACGUAACAGAACUGAACAGUAUAAAUGAAACACUGUCGCAGCAAAUGAACAGCUACAACAGCAAUGAUGUAGACAUGGAGACAGAUCACUAUUCCAAUGGUUUUGCUUCAACCUCAUCCAACGGAUUUCUUAAUGGCAGCUCAAAGCAUGACCAUGGAUUUGAAGAAUGUGACACUGAAAUGGAGGUUGAUUCCGCUCAGGUCAGGCGCCAACUGUGUGGGGGCAGCCAAGCAGCAAUUGAGAGAAUGAUCUGUUUUGGGAGAGAAUUGCAAGUCAUGAGUGAAGAAUUAAGAAGAGAAGGAGGAAAAAAUGUAACUAACAAGAAUAUGCUGAAGGAUGCAUUUAGUUUGCUAGCAUAUUCUGAUCCCUGGAACAGUCCCAUCGGAUACCAGCUUGAUCCAAUACAAAGAGAACAUGUGUGCUCAUCUCUUAACAGUGCAAUAUUAGAUAUACACAAUUUGCCAAAGCAGCCACCCCUAUCGUUGGCAUUGGAACAGGCUUCCCAGUGCUUAGAGAUGAUGGCCAAGUCGGGCAUUGGUUCCUGUGCAUUUGCCAGAGUAGCUGAUCACUUACAUUAGCUAUGCAGGAUCUAACUAAAUCUAUAGAAUAUUGGGUACUAUAGGAAACUUAGACCAACUCUACUUAUAUUGAGUUUAUUUAACAUGUAACAAGCAUGUGUCUAGCAUUACAUUUAUAUAGUGUUCUUCUUUAAGCUUUUUUUGUUACUUUUUUUUUGUGUAGUUCUGGUUUGACAUAAAAGCAAUAAUUUGGGGUUUAACUAUUUGAGUUAUUAACAUUAUUGAGCCUAUUCUACUAUGUUUUCAAUCUAUAAAUCACAAAGAAAAAUGGAGAAACCAGAGGAGAGCAGGAAAACACAACCUUGUUAUAGAAGAGUCGGGAUAGUGUGAAGCACAGUGAAUAUUGCCUGCUUUUGGAGACAAAAUCUAGAGUUUCUGAUUAAAGGAACAUGAAAGGUGUAAUGCACCACUUCAGUGUCCCUUGUAGGAUUCCAAAACAGAGAAGCACUUAACAUAAACAUAUUUAUUUCAUGCAGAUUUUAAAUAAAACCUUACUUCCGGCCUAUAGUCUACCACCCUGUUGUUUUCCCUCCAAGAAUAGGCUUCAGGUGCUAUUGCCAAUCAAAGGCCAUGGUGCCAGAGCCACGAUUUUUAAUGUUGGCAGUCUCCUGAUUGCUCUCUGUCUUAAAGGGAACAGACAAUGCACAAUGACCCCUGAGAAAAAAGUACUUACAAAGUCUGCUCCCAUUUUUUACAAAAUGAAAGUUUCAGGAAACGUUUCCUUUAAAAUAUACACAAAUGAAAAUGCAUAUUUUAAAUGCUUCCCUUUACUGCAGUCAUCAUAUUGGAGUGAUGUUUAAACCCUGAUGCAUUACUGUAUAACUGUUUGUAUUGUACUGAGCCACAUUAAAGGGACAUGAUACCCACAUUGUUUCUUUGAUAAUUCAGAUAGAACAUGCAAUUGUAAGCAACUUUUCAAUUUACUUCUAUUAUAUAAAUUUGCUUUGUUAUCUUGGCAUCCAUUGUUAAAAUCAUAUCUAGAAAAGCUGAGAAACAGCAAUGUACUACUGGGAGCUUACCUGCUGACAGGUGGCUGCAUACAUGUGCCUCUUGUCAUUGAUUUACUAGAUAUCUUCAUCUAGUUCCCAGUAGUGUAUUGCUUCCCCUUCAACAAAGCAUAUACAGAGAAUGAAGCAAAAUUGAUAAUAGAAGUUACUUAAAAUUGUAUGGUCUAUCUGAAACAUGAGAGAACAAUGUGUUUUUCAUGUCCCUUUAAUAGUACCGCAUAAAGUUAUUGUACAAAUGCCAUGUCUGGUAUGUACCAUUGUAAAUACAAACUGCACCAAUUACAGGUAGGGCAUCAAAUAGUGCUGCAAAUUACCUGUCCUGCAGAAUAUCCUUCAGGAGCGACGUACUUAGAUUUUAUUAUUUUUGCAGACAUAUAUGAUAGUUACCGGAUGCUUUGAUCAAUUUGUGUGUGUUCCUUUAUUACUUCAGGCCAUGUCUUAUUUGUUAUGUGAUAAUAUAACUUACUUAUCGCAUCCAUUUCUUAAUAUGAGAAGAAGUUGUAACAAUGGGAAAACUUCUAAUACAAACCAGUGUGUGUUAAUUUCAUGAUUUAUAGAGAAUAACCAAGUAAGUACCUUUUUUCUUUUUACACUUUUUAAGUGUUAAAAUAACUAUUGCAAUAGAAAAUGUUAAUUUAAUGAACCAUUAAAGAUUUACAUUUUGAAAAUA